GAAUGAGGCCGCAAGCGUUGAACCAGUUGCGCGGAGGCUGCCACUUGAAUUGCGUCGGUUUUGGUGGCUUUUAGCGACAGUUUUGAAAUUGCGACCGUUACUGUUUUAUUAUGAUGCUGUUGUGCUGGUAGUUCAAGUCGUUGGUGGACACGUUGAGCAAUAUUGGAAAAAUGUGAUAAAACUUUAAUAAGUGAAUGUAUUAGAAAUACUAUUUUAAACAGUUAAAAAUAGUGUCAUUUUGGUAAAACCUCUUCAUAUGAGUUGUUGAAAUAACUGUCUUGUUGGAACCUUUGAUGAAAUUAUGCUAAAUGAUACACUUAAAGUUACUUAAAGGCUUAAAGUUUUGGAACAAAAUAUGGAUUUCACAUUAUGUCUUUUUGUUUGUUAUGAAUAAUUACAGUGUAGCGAUGUAAAUGAAGAUCAAGACAAUCGUCGAUCAUCCAGUUGUACAGUUGCUAAACUUCGGCUCAUCAUCCAAAAAAAAUCUGUAGGUGCGGUGGUAUUGGUCGGUUCGGACUUCUGGAAUUAGGAAGUACUUUUCUUUGGACACCCCGUGAAUCUGCCACGUAACUGACUCCAGCAACAUAGUCUCUACCUAGAUGGCAAAAUAAGUAUAUCUUUAACCAACAUGAAAAACGUUUGAACCUGUACAGUAGAGAAGAGAACAACGCCACGGUUAUAUGUAUAAACAUGUUCAAGGCGUGAAGGAGAUCUGGGAGAAGACAGCGCUCUUCCCGUGAGAACCUGUUUGAGUCAAGCCAACUGGGUUGAAUUGGAACUUCAAACAGCAACGAUAAAGUUUCGCCCAGUACCAGGUCAACUUCAAUGCCGAUGGAGCAUUGUAAAGGAAUGUAUGUUUACGCGUACCAAGUGAAAUCCGAUGACGCUUGAUUCCCGUCAGGCCCGCGUGUGUUUGUGUUAAAUUUCGCCAUCGAUGUUUUUCCACAUCGUAAAAACAAGGUUCCAACCACAUUCUUCAGUCGCCAGAACCAACACGCAACCAUCUCUCAGCGCACUCAAUACAUCCCGCAGUAAGCAUCGGCUCGGAAGAUUAACAGGCUGGUAUUGUCGGAGCAAUCACAGUGUGAGGUGGCAGUAUUAUUGACUCGAUCGUAGUCAGCCACAUUUCCGCAGCAUCUCGUCGCUUGCUGAGGAGGACGGACAUGGGCGGUUUAAAAAAAAAUGUGCGCUCGUGCAGUUAAACCUGGAAACUGUACUCUUCUUCUCGCACUUUCAACCGGGAUCGCAGUGUGAAGUAGUUGCUUCGGCAGGAAAUGCGUAUAACUGAAGUAAUUUGUUGGUGUAAUAAAGAAAUUCGUGAAACCGGAAGAAUAUCGAAUGUAUUACACUGUUCUUUAAAAAUGGAAAGUUAUAGUGAAUACAGAAAAAAAUAAUAGCAAACAAGUUUGUUGGAAGAUUGAGUACAUAGUGGAAUGUGAGUGUCUUAUAAAAAGAUUCAGUACAAUGUUAGAGUAAUACAAAGAAUCGAAAGAAAUUUAAAUCAGCUUAUGUGAUCGUAGUGAGCUCAUCUAGGGCGAUGAAAGCGCCUAAUGUGAAUUUAGUAGAAAUGGCAAAUGUACCGGCUGGAAGUAGGGUGCAUCAGCAUUUAGAAUGCCGUUAUAGUGAAAAUGUAAUCCAUUGGGAACUGGAAAACGUUUAAUGUUGAAACACAUUCACUCGGGCCCCGUGUCUGGUCAAAACCGGUCGGCACGGGGUCUAAACCGGGUGGCUCAACCACUGAACGUAUCGACCGUUUCUGCUAAUUCUGUGACACCGUCCUCAGCAAAGCACAUGAAUGGUGGUCCUCCAAGGUUGUUGCCGUCAUUCAUAACGCCCCUGCCUUCGGUGUCAUCGAAUAGCAAUAACAACAAUCAUAACGCCAACUCAACUACUAAUAACAACAUCCUGAGUAGUACUACUGUAAAUAUAAAUAAGAAUAGGCUUGGCGCACGAGAAGCUUUGACAAGCUUAGGAUUAUUAUGUUUAGUGUCUCUCCUGUUAGCUUUAUUAUCGUUGAUAUUUUUGUUGAAAAUUUCGCCCGGAGGCCGGGAACCACCACCACCGACUGUUGGACAGACGGUACUUGAAGACUAUGCCAUCGUUUAUGAUGUUACUUUGGCAUUAUGUGCCCUUUCGUUGUCGCUGAACCUGUGCUGCUUGCUUGUGUGUGCCAUUCAGUUCUUAUUUGCUGUUAAAUUAGUCCGCGCACCUGCAACCACCGGAAGAGGCAACAAAUACUUACAAAAGUCGAGCGUCAGUCGAGUAUGCGCCGUAGGAGGGUUUUUCAUAUCUAUUCCUAUUUUUUUAACAGGAAUCAUUUUAUACACCUUUACGCAGUUUCAUUCAACACCAGCGAUAGUAACAAGCAUACUGAUCGGCGUGGGAAUCGUAUUCUGUGGCGGAGCCAUGGUCCAUAACGUAUUCGUGUGGCAAAGAGAGAAAACCAUUAGCGUGCGGCAGGCACCACUAAAUUUGAACUUGACGCUAUCUCCUCAGAUAAGUGCAAUUUCUCACCCAGCGCAGUACCUAAACCAAAACGGGCACGCGACACAUCUGAGUUUGAACCAUUGCCACCCGAACCAUAAUCACACCCCCGUCACACAACUGACCCCGGUUACACCACUGUCGGGCAAUCAUUCUCACAUCAGUUUCAAUCAUUCGUACAUACCCACGUAUGGGGGCAUACGGGCAGCAACAGCGACACCACCAACACCUAAAGUGAGUGCUUUGCUUGGUCGAGAUGCGACCGGAUCCGUCAGUCCUGGCAUGCCACCUAACAUGAACUCGGCCACACUUGAUAUCAGCAACGUGACCGCCACAAAUUCCCCUCAUGAACUAUCGACGCUUGUGUGAGAUAAUUAUUUACAUUGUUUUUGUCGUUCCUUAGAAAACAGUGAAUUCGCAUGCAAUCAGCGUAAAGGUGACUACAAGGUAUAUGUCCUUUCACUGCAUCCGCAUUAUGCUCACAAGCGAAUUAUCGCGCAAUUAGAAUGAGCCAUUUAAAGAAGGAUUGCAUCCUUAUAGUGCGUUGCGUUGUUGUAUUUCGACGAGUGAUAGAGAUACAUGACUGAAUAUACUACCGUUCUACGCUUAAGUUUUCCAGUAGUUUAUUACCGUUCUACGCUUAAGUUUUCCAGUUCGUACUCAUCUAUCUUAUAAAAAGAGCAUACAACAAUAUGUUUGGGAAAUGCGCUUAGAGCCGUUCCAGAAGAAGGAAAGGGAGCAUCCUUUUGAACGUUUCUCUGCCAUUCUCCUCGCUUCCGGUUCGAUCAGGAGGACAUUUCCGAAAGCACCUAAAAAGUGUUGUCGUGCUACUUGACUUUUACUGUAGAGUAGAUAUAGAAAAUUUGACGUUGUACGUUUGAACUGUAGAAUACAAUAGGGUCCGUUCUUUCUAGUAUAAAUGUGGCCUUGGAAAUUCGUUGAUCUUAAUGUACAAAGUAUUGAUUUAGGACGUCGUUAAUGAUGACGUAUGGAUGUACAGUUCCAUUGUAAAAUUGCAUUUUUUAUUUAUUUAUUACAGUAAUUUUAUUUGUUUUGUGUUCUAGACUAAGCUUUUAAUUUGAUGGCUGGCAGUAUGAAGAUUUUAGUUGUUAAACCAAGGGUUAAAUGUACAUUGUUUGAAAGGACCGAAAUAAAUGUUUU